AUGUACGAUUCAGUGUUUAUUCAUGAAUCGGCUUAUUCAAUUGAGGGUGGUAAAUCAGCGUCAGGCGAAUGGUGUGAUGCUGUUGCUCGAGAUUCAUGUGUGCCCGAUGCCUAUGUCAACAGCAACUACGCUGAUAACUUUGCUCAAGUUGCUGUUCUCUGGGUUCAUUUAGUCGGUACAGGACGUGACAAGGAUUUCAGUGGAACUCAAUUUGCAUGCAUGAGAAAUCAAUUGCUUCAAAUGGCUAAAUAUAUUCCUGCUGCAAGUAUUCAACCUUAG